AGACCUGAAUAUUUUGGAUUUUAGGUAGCUUUUAUGAUAUACACACCAUUACACAUUUUAUUAAAUGUUACAUUACAUAUGAUUCAUCACUACUCUCAUUGUAGAGUUCUCACAUGUUUGGCCUUAGUGCCAAGGAAAGUAGCACUGUGUGUUGACAAACUCAGGCUACUUCACAAGCAAUUUGAUUACUGGAUCCUACAUCCUACAUUCUCCACUCCUUUACAAUUGGAGCCUAUACAAUUUUUGAAGUUAGGUUCACUGAGGGAUAAUAUAGACACAAUAACAUCUACCGACUUAAAUUCAACAACUUUUAACAAAUGUAUAAAGCUUGUCACCACCUCCUCAAUCGUGAUAUAAAAUAUAUGUAUUAACUUAUAUGUUCUCUCACAAACCUUUGCAGUGAUAUUUUUUUUCCCUUACCCUGUAUCCAGGCAACCAUUGAUAGGUAUUCUGUUACUUUAGCUGUGUCUUCUAUAGAAUUUCACAUAAAAGAAUAAUACAGCUCUUGAGGUCCAACCGGGUUUGCGGAAAGAUGGCCAAACGCACCAAGAAGGUGGGAAUCGUCGGUAAAUGCGGGACACGUUAUGGCACCUCCCUCCGGAAAAUGGUGAAGAAAAUUGGAAUCAGCCAGCAUGCCAAGUACACUUGCCCCUUCUGUGGCAAAACCAAGAUGAAGAGACGAGCUGUGGGGAUCUGGCACUGUGGCUCCUGCGUGAAAACAGUAGCUGGUGGUGCCUGGACCUGCAACGCCACUUCUGCUGUCACGGUGAAGUCUGCCAUCAGAAGACUGAAGGAAUUGAAAGGCCAGUGGAAGCUCCACACUUUGAAAUAUUGCUAG